AUGAUGUCUACCUCAGCAUGGAAUCACGCAGAUAUGCCAAAAGUUGAGGAAGCAUGCCACUCCUCUGCCCCUCAACCUCACGCCCCUCUAAGCUCUCAAGAUGCAACCAGCGAUCCAUCCAAGAUACAUGUCCCUUCACCAACACUGCAAAGCAGCAGUGCGCCCUCUACCACGUCUGACCCCGCCGUUUAUGAAUGUGCGACAAACUCUGCGCUUUCUCUCCAGUUCCCUCUCAAUCUUGCUUCUUACCUACACGUCCACGAAGCUACUCCCAGCGAAAUCACACAUCUGUCUACCUUACCGGAGGUCGAUGUCGAAUACCUGCGGCGCGUACGCAGCCAUGGAGUAGACUACGCCGGCGUCCUUGUUGCAGAAGCAGACAACGUCUCAGUUCUCGACAGCAUGACUCAUCCCCCUCAUCCUCUCCCCACUCAAAUUUACGAAGGCCUGCGUCGGUAUAUCUUUCGCCCGUUCAGAGAUAAAUACUUACUCGCAAUGUCUUUGUCCGAUGUACACCUAGCCGUCAUGCCCAUCGUCAAUGGUCUUUUCAUUGCAUGUGGGACGAGAUACGCAGAUAGUCUGGCUACCAAAGAUGCGGCCAUCGCCGAAGCUUUCUUAUAUAUGUAA